AUGCCCAUCGAGGUCAGAACCGACGGGCUCGUCGUAGGGCAACUGUCCGUAGUACUGAUACUGGCUGCAUUUAUUAAAUUCUUCAUCUUUGGCGAUCCACCGUCAUCAGAUGUAACGGCAUCACUACGUGCCUCGGAACGGAGAUCCAGAACACUCGCUCACAAGCAAUCCCUUCUCAGUUUACGCAGUCCGAGUCAAAGGCAGAGCCAGCAUUUGAAGCGCAAGAAGUCCAGCGUGCUACGGAACCCACCAGCGCUCACCAUUGGAUCCAUUUUGAGCAAAACUUACUACAACGUCGACAGCCACCAACCGGAAAGCCUCGAUUGGUUUAAUGUCCUUGUUGCUCAGACAAUCGCUCAAUUUCGAAGCGACGCACAACAUGAUGACGCCAUUCUCAAUUCCCUAACCAAGGCGCUGAACGGAGCAUCUCGGCCUGACUUUAUCGAUGACAUUCGUGUUACGGAACUGAGUUUAGGAGAGGACUUCCCCAUUUUCAGUAACUGUCGCAUUAUCCCCGUGGAUGAAGACGGCCUUACUCUCGGGAAUGGUAUCAAAUUUGAUGCCACGGCUGCUGCACGGGAUGGAACAAGACUGCAAGCUCGGAUGGAUGUUGACUUGAGUGACAUGCUUACUCUUGCUGUCGAAACAAAACUGCUCCUCAACUACCCGAAGAAGCUAUCUGCUGUCCUCCCUGUUGCGCUGGCCGUCUCUGUUGUCCGGUUUAGCGGGACUCUAUCCAUUUCCUUUAUUCCUAGCAAUCCGUCACAAUCGACACCGACAAUGAUGACUUUUAGUUUUCUAGAUGAUUACCGAUUGGAUUUUUCUAUCCGCAGCUUGCUUGGGAGCAGAUCCAGAUUACAAGAUGUACCCAAGAUUGCCCAGCUAGUCGAAGCUCGGCUGCACAGGUGGUUUGACGAGCGUGCGGUGGAACCCCGCUUCCAAGAGAUAGCUCUCCCAAGCUUGUGGCCGAGGAAAAAGAACACCCGAGGACCUGAUGAUACAAUUGUGGAUGGAGGCUUAUCUAUUGGUCGGUCUAAAGGGAAAGAUAUUGGUCGUGAUGUUCGAGAUGACAUUUCAUGGCGAAAAGAGACAUCCACUGAGGGUCGAAAAUGGGACAUGACAUCGCUGAGGUAUCGCAACCCUGUUCAAGAUACCAACAUUGCUGAUAUACCGGGUUCACUCCCCAGCCUUUAG